UAGAACUCGGACCAAAUAAUAUCUGUACUUAUAUCACUUGAAGAUAAGCUUAGAGUAGCUCACAAAGUCACAAGUCAAUCAAAUAUGGCUUUUUUGACAUUCAAUUUCCAAAUUUUCCAAAAAAAAAAAAACAAUUUCCAAAUUUUCUCCUCUGGAAAAUUUUGCUUUGAAGAAGUCAAAUAAAAAAGCGCCGCAUUAAAUCAAUAUAUAUGGCUACAUAAUCUGUUACAAUUUUGCAUCAUACAUUUUACAUACUCUUUUUUAUUUUACACUAUAACCUGUUAGAAUACUGCAUCAUACUUCUUUCCUAAAACAUACAAAAGUUCACAAAAAUGAACACUUAUUGGGAUCUUAGUGAAAAAGAAGAGGAAGAAGCAUCAUUUGUUGCCUUUUCUUUACUUGGUGAUAAUGUUAAGUUUGAGGUAUUAAAAGUCGUGAAUGACCUUGAUGUGUUCGAGACCAUCAAGAAGUGUGGUCCUCGAGCACACCUAUCAGCGGCUGAGAUUGUGGCUAAGUUGCCUGCCAAGGACCCUGAGGUUGCAGCGGUUAACCUUGGUCGCUUGCUUGACUACUUGGUUAGUCACUCCAUCAUUACCGUCUCUCCUAUUACCCUCCCGAAUGGGAGGGUAGAGAGACGGUAUGGUCUUGCACCUGUUUGUAAAUUUUUUACGUCGAAUGAGGAUGGUGUUUCUUUGAGUCCUUUUACAAAUACGUUGCUAUAUAAAGCUUUGAAAACGAGCUGCCUAUCCUUAAAAGAUGCAAUUCUUGAAGGAGAAGAGCCAUUCACAAAGGCGCAUGGAAUGAGUAUGUAUGAGUACAUUGGCAAAAACCCCGAGUAUCGCGCAGGGUUCCAUAAGGCAAUGUCUGAUCAUUCAACCCUUGUUAUGCGCAAAAUUAUAAGGACAUACAAGGGUUUCGAGGGUCUAUCAUCGUUGGUCGAUGUUGGUGGGGGUAAUGGAGCUACACUCAACAUGAUCCUUUCGCGGUAUCCAUCUAUCAAAGGGAUUAACUUCGAUCAACCUCAUGUCAUAGCAGAUGCAUUAUCUAAUCCUGAUGUGAAACACGUUGGAGGAGAUAUGUUUGUGGAUAUUCCCAAAGGUGAUGCCAUCUUUCUCAAGUGGAUAUUGCAUUGUUUUGGUGACGAAGCAUGUAUGAAGAUCCUAAAGAAUUGUUACAAUGCCCUUCCAAACCAUGGCAAGGUUAUUGUUUGCGAAUACAUCCUUCCUAAUCCAGAUGAAGCAUCGAACGACAUAGCUGCCAAUUCCGUCGUUCAAUUCGACAUAGUGAUGAUGGUUUUGCCUGGAGGGAAAGAAAGGACUGAGAAUGAGUUCAAGGAGUUAGCGUUUGCUGCUGGAUUUCAAGGCUUCCAAGUUAUUUGCUCAGCCUAUAAUGUUCAGAUCAUUGAGUUGCUCAAGACAAUUUAGGUCACGGUCUUAUUAUUACAUGGUCAUUAUGAUAAUUAAACUACAUUGUCACAUUUAUUGGUUGAGGUUACUAAGAAAUACUAUAUAUUGUUUGAAAUUUCGUUCACUUUGAUUGUUAUAAAUUUUGGUUUGUAAAGUUUGUUUCAAGAAAUACUUGUAAGAUGUUUGAGUUGAGUGAUAUAUAUGUUUAAUAUAGUUCUCUUUCCAUAAAAAUAGAAAAGGAAAAAAAAAAAAAAACCUACUUCUAAGAUUCCGUUUAAAAAAAUGAUAAAAGAACAUUCAUCAGAAGAACAUCAUCUUCAACCUUUGAAAAUAUUACCAAAACAGAAAAAUAGAUUAAAAAAAUUGAAAAAUGUUUCUCUUCAACAACAAAUUCGUCAAUUACACCUUUCAAUUAAAAGAAUCAUGGGACAAUCAACUCCGUAAUAACAUUAAAUCACUUCGAAAUCCAAAAUUUAUCAUGGC